AUAGUCAAUAUCCUUUUUUUGCCAUUCAAAUGUCAAGCAUAUAUUUUCAUUAUAUGAAUUUGUUUGAUACCCAAAAGGUGUGAAUAAUUCAAUAGAAACGAACAACAACAAUAGAUGAAAAUAUUCAGCAUGAAUAUAUUCUGCUUAUUCUUAAUAAUCUUUCGAAUAGUCUCAAUAUUAUCUGUGAACUAUAGAAAAGAAAAUUACCAAACACAUGAACAUCAUAGUAACAAUCACAAAGAUGCUCAUUCACAUCAUAACCAUCAUGUGCCUCAUCAUCAUGAACAUUAUCGGGGAAAUGAUCGAAGACAUGAAAUCCAACCAAGACAUCAUCAUAAUUAUAAUUAUCAUUAUCCACAUGCAGAGCGAAAUCACUUGAAAAAACCAGAACAUCAAGAAAGUCAAGAACACAAACCGAUGACUGAAGAAUACCACCAUGUUUUAAAACCUCAAUCUCAUCAACAAGAAGAAAAUCAACCAAAGAAUGUAGAUUAUGUAUCAAAACAUAAAGAAAAUCACCGUCAUCCAUCAGCGAAAUCAACUCCAUCUCAAUUAAUUAGUUCAACGAGCCAAACUGAAAAUGAAAAUAACCAUCAUCCUCCGAUUCAAUCAAAAGAAAAAACUAGUUAUUCUACUAAGAAAAAUCUAUCAGAUAAGCAAACCGAUGAGAAAAUUAACACAAAACAGAUUAAAGGCAAAUCAAAUGAACCUGAGAAUUCAUUAGCUGAUAAAGAUUACCAUCACCAUUAUCAGCAUUAUUAUCAACAUCGUUAUCAUCAUCCAAAUCAUGAAAUUAGUAGUAUGAAAACAUCGGCUGAAAAUAAAUCAACCGAGCAACAUAUCUAUAAAUCCAAUAAAAAAUCACUUUCACAAAAAAACAAUAUACAAUCCACAUAUCAAACAAAGUCAACUGCUGAAUUGAAGGAUGAAAGUGUAACAACAAAAGAACGUUCUCUGAAUGCUAAGAAAGAAGCUUAUGGUGAAAGUCCAACUCAAAAGAAACAACCUAUUAGAUCAACUGACUAUUCAUAUAAAAAAGAUGAAACUCAACCAUCAAUAUCAACUUUGGAGACAAAAUCAUCUAGUAGACAAGAAGAAAUUAAGGACCAUGAACAUUCCACUCAAAAAUCAUACAACUCAUAUAAAUAUAAAUCACAUGAACAUAUUGAAUAUAAAAAAUCUACUGAUUUAAAUAAACAAGAAUCAGAAAUAAAAUUAAAGGAAUAUUCAAUAAAGAGAAAUAAAGAGUCCUCUUUGUUAAAUAAACCGAAUAGUAAUAAUAAUGAGAAGAAUAUCAAUAAGAAUGACAAUAAUUUGAGCUAUUACACAAAAACUGAUGAACAUAAAACUGAGAAGAAAAAUGAUAAAGUUAUUUCACAAAAUCAACCAACUGUUACUCAAAGCAUUACAUCAGUAUCGUUUGUUUCAGGUAGUGAUAAGUAUGAUUCGACAAAGUUAAAUGAAGAUAAAACAUUAUCUAAGAGUACAGUCAAUAAACCUGUAUCAAUGAAUGAUAUUAAAACUCAAAUAGAAAAUUUAUUACAGGAAAAUUUAAAGAAACUGAUUUCGAAGAUUCAGAAAACAAAAACAGAUGAAAGUAAACAAUCGUCUUCACCACCAUCUUCACCAUCCGAAUCCUCAUCAACACUACCAGAUCAACUGCCUCCUUCACUUGUUAAAAAGGAUGAAAAUUAUCACAAAUAUUAUAGAUUUAAUCAUGACGAAAUGCGGCGUAGACCUAACAAUGAAGAUGAUGAAAGGAAACUACAUGAUAGACAUCAUCAUGAACAUGAUUACCAUCAUGAUAGACGAGAUGACGAACAUAGGUUCCAUAAGCCAGAAGAAUACAAACCUUGGUCAGAUAAGCAUGAACCUCGACCUUCAACUAAGGACAGAAAUAUACCACCAUCUCAUCAUCAUGACCAUCCGGACUCUCAUUUUCCAUCUCAUCAUCCAUUCCCAUUAGAGUCUGAAAGUGAGUCACACAAUCGGCCAUCAAGAAAUCCAUUUCCCAAGCCAUUUCGACAUCACGAAUCAUAUAAAAAAUAUCAAGAAAUUCUAUAUAAACCUCGUUCUCAUGAAGAAGAAUUUUCGGAUCGUCAUGUUCAUGAAGAUGAGGAUGAUGAUCGAAAUUCUCACCGGUCAAAAAUACCACCAAAAAAGCCAAAAAGUAUUGUUCAAGGUGUAUCAGCUACUGUCAAUCCUACUCAGCCAUUAAGUGGCAAUGAAGCUAAAACUAAAAUUCUGGAUUCUGUAUCAAUCCCACUGACUAUCAAUAUUGAUGACUUAUCCUCUACUGAUUGUCCAUUUACGCCAUGUACAAAAACGUGUCCAGGUGGUUUGUAUAAACUUAACGAAACUACAGGCUGUGCAACUUGUAAUUGCUGUCCUAGCAUUACCUGUUACAACCAGUGCAUUCAAGGAUAUGAAGCAGAUGAAUAUGGAUGCCCUACAUGCAAAUGCUUAACAUCUUAUUAUUGAACGAUUCAAUGUCUUACAUAAUAAUCUGCUUAGGAAAUAAUUUAACUGAUACUCAAUUAGUAAUAUUUGCUAUGACCGAAUAAUUGAAAUUGUUAAAUGCAAUACUGAUAAUAUUUCUUUGUGUAGUAUGGAAUCCCUGAAUAAAAUUCCACAUAAAGAAUAAUUACAAAGUGAUUUCAUUUAUUGAGUGGUUUCUCAAUGUACCAAAUAUACAUAUUUUUAAAAUUUGCAGUCAA